GGGAAGACGACCUUGCGGAAGGCUUUUUUUUUUGUUUUUCUUCUUUUCUGUCUCUUCUUUAAAAUUUCUGCGACCAGAUCAACGUAGCGGAAGAGUUCCUCCCCCCUCCAAAGAUGUAUGGGUCGCAAAGUUCGGGUCCUCCGCAGCCCGAAUGGCGUCUGCCUUCUUCCAACACGCAGCAAUCGGCUUCAUCUCGCCAUCAUCCUCCGCAACAACCAUCAUGGCGGGCUUCUUCCCCGCCCCCUCCGCCGCCUCCUCCGCGUCCGACAACCACAUCAUCAUCACCCUACAACCCCACCAUCUACGGUCAAAUUUCCAAUCCUCCUUCAGCAGUUAAUGUUCAUCCGGGUACAAGCAUAUCCCCCGUUUCUGCCGUUGCGGGCUCCGACACCACUUCAUGGGGAGUCAAGUACAACAGGCACCAACUUCAUGCGCAAUCGCCCCCACCACUACCCCCGCGGCCUUCAAGCACGGCGCAAUCACCACAGGCGCAGUCUCCAAUUGUGAGCCCGCUAGACCCAAACAAACCUUUACCAGCUGCUCCAGGCUGGGCAACCCAACCGGCGGAUACUACAUCCUACCAGCAGUGGCCGUCGAAUCCUUCAUAUGCUUUCCAGCAACCUGUCAGCGCUUCGCCGUUACAGCCUCCACCACCGCCCCCGACUAGUUCCACUGCUUACCAGAGCUCAAGUGCCCAGCAGAGCAACCAAUGGCAGCAACCACCUCCGGUUCCUCCUCCUCCCUACUCUGGUGCCCCCCUGGGUCAGUAUCACGAUUCCUCGCCAAGCACUCCAGUAUCUUAUGAGAGCCAGCCACUACCCGGGCCUCCGCAGGCUCCUGUGGCUACGACUUUGAGUACAGCACAUGGAACACCGCCCGUCGUUCCUCCACCGGUGCCUCCCAAGACCAGCCCUCUCAAUGCCCCGACUAGCGCUUCUGUCCUAGCCUCUGGCGGGCCUUCAGACUGGGAGCACCUGACACCCACUCCAGGGAGUAUUGAUGAUUUAGGUGCCUUUGGCUCUCGGCCCCAGGAUGGGCCCUCUUCGGGCCCACAGUCACAGGUGCCUCAGAGUCGCCCGACAAAUGUUGAAGAGCCGGAGAGAAAGGCUGAAUCUGUCAGCCCUAUAACGCCUCCCAGUAAUGCAUUCCAAACAACGAGUCAAACUGAAGGCCCUUUGACUAGUCAGACCGCGACAAAGGGUACUCCACCCCAACCAGUCAGGAUGGAUAGUACUGGAUCUGUUCAGAGUAACAUCUCCACUUCUGAAACCGCUGAAAGCAUUGACGGUAUCAUCGAAGCUUGGAACCGUCCUAUCGCGCAAACAUCAGCUGAGCAGAAUCCUCAGAGCUCAGUGUCUCGGGUCAGCACAGGCAUUUUGCCUCCUUCGCGGAAGCAGAGCCCAACCGAGACCCCGACGCCUAGACAGGAAUCGAUAAUUCCUCGAAAGCAAGUUCAGUCUGGGUCAAGCUCAGUGGAUUCGAACAGUGUCACCAACGGGCCAACUACGGAUAAACGGACAAUCCUCCCUGCCUUUGUACCACUCGAUCCGUAUGAUGAUCUUGAUCCCUGGUCCAAAUCCUCGUUGGAACGUUAUGUCGCAAUGCUUCGAAAGGAGGCAGUGGCUGACUCCGAUGCGGAACGUUUCAAUAUAUUCACAGCAUUCAUGGCUAAGGAGACCAAAUUACGAGAGAUCCUGUUCAACAUUGAGCCUGAACCGGCGCCAGUGGAUGAGAAUUUCACAGAAAGUCCGCGGCAACAAACGCCCACUCCACGCGCAUCGACCAAAGACUCGAAUGAUGACGUGGGAUCCGGUCUUAUACCAGUCGAAACCGAAGGUGGCCAUGUGGUCUCGAAUUUUGGGGAUGACGACUCGGAAGAUGGCAGCUACAGUCCUGGAGGACGUCCCAUUCUUCCCAAAAUACAGACACCCAGCGUAACAAAUUUACAGAGAUCUGCCUCGCUUACAGGGAACAAUAAAUACCACACUGAUUUUGUCGCUCAUGCUACGUCGUCACGAGCGACAUCAGUGCCACCCUCCAUGCUCGGUGAUGCCCGACAUGAACAUGCCUUACCCCCUCUGACCACCAACCCUCCACAGCCGAUUUAUACCCCGUUUCGCUAUACCGAAGGUCCCCAACGAGGCUCCGAUGUGCUUGUGUUUGAUCGGCCUGCAUAUCAAGCCUAUUCCGACCUGCGGCAGGCGUCAGCUGAGAGUGGGCGGGUAAUGUCGAACGCUCCAGCACCUAUUCCCGGUGAUAGACCGGGUUCAGCAGUGCCCCCGCGUCGGAAUGAACUUGAUGAAACGUUCAUUGGGCUGAUAAGGGAGAAGAGCGUUGCCUACCGAAAGAGAGCACCCCGGAAAACGUCCUCUCCGCCACCACUGCCGGCUUCUCUCAGACAUGGAAAGCCAGCUGGUCCAGUUGACGACUUGCGGUCCAUGGCUUCAUCGCCGAUGUCCAAACAAUCGGAAAGCUCGUGGAAUAUGACGACUAGGAAGGAUCUGGAGAAUUACUCCAAUGACUUCUCGUACAUCAGGGAGGCGGUAAAGUCUUGGGAAGUUUCAAGCAAACCGCACAGAGAGCAAUUGGAUAGGGAACGGAUCCAACGCCAGGAGGUGUCGGAGAAGCGCAUCGAUGCGCUCUUUAAUGGGAAGGAGAUUGGCUAUGCCGAUAUCAAUGUACUGGAGGAGGAGUUCCGCCAGAAGGAGGCUCGUGCUCAGCUAGACGAAGAAAGACAGGAGUUGGACAAGUUUGUCGCCGAUGUUUUCGAGCCUAUGGAUCAACGCUUGAAAGAAGAAAUAGCUGCUCUUCAGGCGCUCUACGAAGCCGCGCUUGCUCAACUUGAUCAUGAGAAUGGACGGGCCAAGUCUGCGACCACCGACAGGUACAAUCUGUCGCACACUAUGAGGACGGUGAAUGAGAUUUAUCGCAAACUCGAGCUACGCUACCAGAAACGUCUCGAAAUUGCUUUGGAUCGGGAGCGCCGGCGGAAGAAGGCUGAGAGGCGGCCUCUUGUUUUCAUGGGCGACUCCGUGGCGCUGAAAGGCGUGGAUCACGAUUUCGACCAGAUGGAGAAACGGAACAUCCUCGAAGCGGCUAGAGAGCGAGACAAUAGAGCUAACCGACUGAUGGACUCGUUUGACGAUGCCAUCAUGCACGGGUUGGGUGAAAACCAGAGCCUCCUUGACGAAGUUGCUGCGAAGGUGGCCAAGGUCGAUACCGCGACCAUUCGCUCCUCUGGGCUGCCAGAGUCUGAGGUGGAACAGUUGCUGAAAUCAGUAUAUAACCUGAUCGAGUCUUUGCGUAAAGACUCAGAGUCCAUCUUGCACAAUUUCAAUAUGGCUGAUUCGGUACUCAACGAUGCUGAUUACAGUGUUUCUGUGGCCGAGGCGCGUUAUUCAGACGCCGAUGCCGAUGUUUUUCGCCGGCUCGAUGAUGAGAAAAGGAAAGAAGACGCGAAGAUCCAAGCGGAUCUCAAGUCCAAGCUCGAAAGUAUCAGGUCUGGGCCUGCGAGUAUAAUUACUAGCAUUAAUGGUCUUCUGGAGUCUCUAGGCAAGCCUCCUAUAGUUGAUCAAACUGGUGCUUCAUCACAGAUGUCUGCCGAUACGCUUGCGCCGGUAUCCCAGCAUCCCACGACUGAUAUUGCACCACGGAAGUCCGAAGAAGAUCCCGAGCAUCAGGAGAGGCUCCGGAAAGCUUUGGAGAAUGCCAAAAGGAGAAAUGCGGCGAGGAUGAACACUGAAACGAGCCGCCCUUGA